UUGCCCAGGGAAGCUGUGCCUAUCCCUGGAAGUGUCCAAGGCUGGGUUGGACUGUGCUUGGAGCAAUCUGAGAUAGUGGAAGGUGUCCCUGCUCAUGGCAGGGAGAAGAGGAUAUUGUUCCUGAAGAUGUCAGAGGCUCAUAAGGCUUUGAAGAUUAUCCAGUUAAGUGGAAUGUCAUUGGACAAAGAGGUGUCUGCAAGCUGGAAUAAAUCACUUUUCCAAAUCAGGGAGGAGCAUCUUCAGCAAUGGAGCAUCAGGAAUUAUAAUAAUGUCAGGGUGAUGUUCAUAGUAAAGGGUGAUGGGGCAACUGAAAGAGGAAAAUGCUGUAGUUUUCCCCUUGCCAACACCCACCCAUCUGGACUUGUUAAUGGUGUGGAUUUGCAGUCCUUGCCCAAUUUGUGGAUGUGUUUGCAUCCAUUUUAUCCCAAAUUGCUGAAGAGAGGAAUGGUUUUCUUUGUGGGAUUUUCCCCACAUUUAGAAAAGUAGAGGAAAUCAAGCUGAUUGUAGAUCCCACAGGAUGGAUGAUGAACAGCAGCCGAGUUGCUCGUAAACGGGAGGAUUUGCUGCUUCCCAAGGUUCUUUUACAAGGAUUAUAAAGACAUUUCCUAACAGGUCAGGUGUAGAGGACAAGUGCAGUAAUGCAACACUGCUCAUGGGUGGGAAAGGAAGGGGAUUACACUGGAAGAGAUUUUUCUGGGAUUUGCAUCUCCUGCAGGGACUGGUAUUAAAUGUUCAGAAGAUGGGGAGGAAUUUCCACUAAGAAUAGUUUUGAAACAGCAACAAGUAUUGAUACACCCAUGACAGCUUAUAUGAAAUGCUGGUUAUGAUGGUGCCCCUUAGGCAAAAUUUCCAAAGGUCUGAUUGAUCCACAGUAAUCUCCCUUGGCUUUGCUCCCAAGAAUCACCCUGGCUUUUUGAUUUUUGCAGCUCAUCAUUUAGGCUCUUGCCAGUCUGGUGAUUUUUUUUUUGGUGAGAGAAUAAAACUGUCAGCGUCCCCUGAGCCAAAUAAAAGAAGAGGCAGUGACCUGAUCAUAAAAUGAGAAGUUUUAGAGCAGAGAAUACUUCAAUCUGUCAGUAAUAGUGAAAUAUUCAGCAGCUGAAGUGUGAAUCAAUACCAGUUCAAGAUACAGUGUAAGCGCAAAUUCUUAGUACCAAGGUUAAUUAGUCCAAUUAGCAGGAGCAGUGAUAGAUUGUCCUCUAAGGGUAAUAUAAAAAUUCAAGAACAACUCGAUUUUAUGGGUGGUAAUUCCUUGUAUAGUGUUUGCUUUGACUCAGGAAGAGAUCAGGGCAGGCCUGUGGGCAGUAUUAUCCUAAUUAGGUCACCUCCUGCAUAAUAGACCUUUUCAGAUGAGCACUAACCCAUCAUUUAGCUGCAGACCAAGAUAGAAUGAUAACUUCUUCUGGCAAGAAGGGGUGCCAAUGUUCUAACAAGUGAACCUGAAUUCCUUUCCAGGAUCAUCUCCCAGUCGGUUAGGAAAAAGAAACAAGGUGAGGUAAGAAAUGCUGGGUGUUGCCCAAGUAAAAUAAAAGGUGAGCGGAGAUUGCAAUGAGCUCAGGUUUUGACAUUUUCUUUGUUUUGUUCCCUCUUCUCCCCUCAUCCAUAGAGGAAGAUCAGAAACAUGUGAGACUAGAAAGCCACAGGUAUUUCUGUCUUCAGCAAAUAUUCCAAAGUUGGCAAAAUAAAGGAGUAAGUAUAAAAUUAUGAGACUUAGAUCCCUAGCAAAGAGGGGAGAAACAAACUCAAGAGGGCAUUUUUGAGGGAUGAGGGACAACCUGUGAGGCAGAUUGGGAAUAGAAAGAAUAGUGAAAAGGUCAUGGAAUUACAAGUAGGAGUUGCUACUUGUAGUAACUCCAGCAAUCUGGUAAUUGCUAAAGUGUCAAAGGAAAAUUAAAUUUUGCAAAAGAAGUAACAAAAUAUGCAAACUAUGAGUGGUGCCCUUGCGGGCAGGGUAGGAUGUAGAAGUUUAAGGAUGAGGGACAUCUCUGAGGCAAAAUAUUUACGUUGCCCUAAGAAUAUACCCCAAAGUAUGUGGCUGAGGAAGGACAGAGGCAAAAGGUGAAGGCCAGGGAAGGAAUUAUGGCCAAAUAUUGGCUGUGCCACGUUUAUUGCAGAGGCUGGAAGGCGGCCCAAAGCCCACAGGAAGGCCAGACAGAGGAAGGUGCUCUGAGUCUAGGCCAUGGAAACACCGUGGGUGUUUUAAUCCUGACUUAGGCCACUUUGUUCCUAAUUAAGGUUGCAAAACCAAGUCUUAAACUUUCGAGCAUGGGCACCUUUUGUGGAGUUUCUCUUCUGUGGAUGCCCAGUUUCAGGCAUCCACAGCAUUCAGCAGUUUGUGAGCAGUGGGUACCCUGCCCUGGGCACAGAAAAUGCAAGAAAAAUGUUGCUUGGUCUGAAAAAAAGCCAACCCCAAACACGCAACAGUGAGAAAACAAAAUGGGUUUGUUACAGGCAUUUAACAAUUUUGACUUGGAUUAUGUUAUGUCUUGUGUGUACCAAUAUAGAGCACUUGGGAGAGGAGAAUUACAGAAUUUGUAACUUUAGAUCAGCUUAAUUUAGAUCUUAAAGCCACAAAAGAGCCCCUGGGAUUCUGACUUUCAUGAAGCUGAAGGGUGCAAAGGGUUUAUUACAUAAGAAUUGCAAAAAAAAAAUUAUAUAAUAUGUGUUCUAAUGCAAUUUAUUGUUCUGUGGGGAGAUUCAGAUGAGAAGGUUCACAGGGCUUAUUACAGAUCCUAAUUUUAGCCCUCAUUCUAAUUAACAUCUCGGGGUUUUAUUGUUUACUCAUAAAAUGCAACCAAAAGCUGGGAGGGAAGGUGUGGCUUUCCCAGGUGUUUUUUUUUCCUCUUUUGCAAAGGGUGUGAAGAUGGUUUUCACAGGGAAAAAAACCCUAUUGAUAUCUGGACUAAGGAAUGAAACAAAAUUAAUAAAAUUUUUAAAUAUCUGAGCAAAUGAAACCCCUCAAGGCAGGGUGUCCAUUACAAACUUGACUCUGUCUAUGAAAAAAACCCCUUGGUUUUGCUUUAGGUUUCUCUUUCCAUUUCAUGGGACAUGGUAUUCCUGGUAAGUAGCUCCAUCUGAGAUGCAGGGUGGUAUUUCAUCAACCCAGAAUAUACUAAAAAAGGGAAAACCUGGUCCUUUUCUUGUCCCGACUGACAUGGUGCCUUAUAAUGUUUUUAUUAAAAGCAGAAGAUUACUGGAUUCUUUUUCCUUUCCAAAACAAAAUUUUGCCAACUGCAAAAGUUUUUUAUCACUUGAAAAGAUUGCAAAGAUCUUUUUGAAUGCAGCCUUUUCCUAAAUUAUGGAUUCCUCAUUAAAUUUUGUGCUGAAGAUAAAAUAAUUAUUUUUGUUUCCUGGCUGUGUUUGGGAAGAGGCACAUCAUGGUCACAGAAGAGGAGUCUUGAAGGAGAGUCCAUGAAAUCCAGCAAGAAAAGCAGACUCUGCACAGGAAUGUGUGUGCUGACUGUGUAUGGAUGCAGGAUGCUUUUGUGGCAUUCCACAAUGACAAGUCCCUGGUGAGGAAGUACCUGAAAUCUCUGCUGAUUGGGGAGCUGGCACCAGAUCAACCCAGCUUUGAGUCUAAUAAAAAGAAAUCCCUCUUGGAGGAUUUUCGUGAGCUGCGCUGCACCAUUGAGAAGAUGGGACUUCUGAGGCCCAAUUACUUCUUCUUCUUCCUGGUCUUCCUUCACCUCCUGGUGCUGGAUGCUGCAUCCUGGCUCGUGCUCUGGUACUUUGGUGUAUCCCUGGUGCCUUUCCUGGCUGGCAUGGCAUUCUUCACCACUGCCCAGAUCCAGAUGGGCUGGUUCCAGCACGAUCUGGGGCACUGCUCUGUCUUCAGGAAACCCAGGUGGAAUCAUCUCCUGCAGAUUGUGGUGAUAAACAUGCUGAAGGGGCUGCCUGCCAGCUGGUGGAACCACCUGCACAACCAGCACCACGCCAAGCCCAACUGCUUCCGCAAGGACCCCGACCUCAACAUGCACCCUCUGCUCUUCAGCCUGGGAAAGACCCUCUCCAUGGAGCUUGGAAAGCAGAAGAAGAAGUUCAUGCCUUACAAUUACCAGCACAAGUAUUUCAUUUUGCUGGCCCCACUCGCCAUCAUACCCUUCUUCCAGCUGUCAACAAUUUACUUUGCAAUCAAGAGGAAAAAGUGGUUGGACCUGAUAUUGGUUGUGAUUUUCAAUAUCCGAGUCUGCCUCAUGUAUGUUCCUUUAAUGGGAUUUAAAACCUUCAUGAUAUACUACUGGCUGUCCAGGUACCUUGAGAGUAACUGGUUCAUUUGGGUGUCCCAGAUGAACCACAUCCCAAUGGACAUUGAUUAUGACCAGAACAAAGACUGGGUGUCUACUCAGCUCCACGCAACCUGCAACGUGAACCAGUCUAUGUUCAAUGACUGGUUCACUGGGCACCUGAACUUCCAAAUUGAGCAUCACCUGUUCCCGACAAUGCCUCGGCACAACUACUGCAAAGUGGCUCCCCUGGUGAAAAGCCUCUGUGACAAGCACGGCAUUGAGUACAAAAGCAAGACUUUGCUGACAGCCUUUGUAGAUAUUUUGCAUUCCCUGAAGGAUUCUGGGGAGCACUGGCUGGAAGCAUAUCUGCAUGGAUAGAAACUGGCAACUCUUCAAUGGAAUCCCUUCACCCACAAAUGCUGCCAAAAGCCAGGACACAUCCCUGUGCAUGUCCUCAAGCAUGGGAACUCAGGAGCUGGGCAAAGUUAAUUUCAGUAAGAAUGAAAUGGGAAAGUGGCUUCAAGAUACAUUUUUACCUUGUUUCCAACCAUGAAUCUCUGUUUUUUCCUGCUCUCAAUCUCAGAAUUCAGAGAUGGGCUUUUAAACUUGGGGAGAAGUAGCUCUUGAAUCAGCUUGACCAGUUUGACUUUAUUGGAAGUGCCAGCUCCUUGCUUAUGGAAGAAGUUUGAAAGGAAAUUCUUCUCCGAGUCAUAGAAUCCUGGAAUGGUUUGGGUUGGAAGGGACCUUAAAGAUCAUCUUGCUCCACCCCCUGCCAUGGGCUGGGACACCUGCCACCAGACCAGGUUGCUCCAAGCCUUGUCCCUGGCCUUGAGCAGUUCCAGGGAUGAGACAUCCACAGCAUCCCUGGGAAACCUGCUCCAGUGCCUCACAAUAAAGAAUUUCUUCCUAAUAUCCAAUCUCCACUCACGCUCUGUCAAUUCAAAGCUGUUGUCCCUACAAGUCCUGAUAAAGACUGUCCAUCUUUCUAACAAGCCUCUUUCAGUACUAAGGUCUCCUUUGUGUUCUUGGCUCAGUGGAUCAGUGAAAAAAUGCAGGAGAAGUGCAGGAAGUCAGGAGGCAUUAGGCCAGAGGGAUUUUUUUUUUUUUAAUUUUCUUGAACAGAUCAAAUAGAUGUACAAAGAACAAGGUGGCCUCUGAGGCGUGUCCCCAUUGCUUCUGGUCACCUUGCUGUGACUGGUAAGGGUUCUAACAGGUUCUGUUCCUGGAUUGCAUGGGCAGGCAGAUCAGCUGGGGGCUGCUGACACCUACAGUAGCCAGUGUGAACACAGUUUGUAUGGCAUAUGUGGUAUCUGAAGGCAAAAAUACAUGUCUGAGUUCUAACUGAGUGCUGACUGUGCUGUCAGAUUGGAUUUCUGGUGCAGACCAGCUUUGAAUCAGGCUGAGAAGACAAAGCACUGAGGAGUAGGUCCAGAUUUCAAGGGUAUUUAAGGUACUCCUGCUUUUAUAUAUAUAUAUAUAUAUAUUUCAUUUUAUCUAAAAGUUUACCUCUUGGUCACUUAGUACAAUUAGUUUUAUGAGAGAAUUAUGAAUAAAGUUCUUGGUCAUGAUUUUUAGAUUGAAGUCAUAGCCUGUUUUAGAAGGAGCUCUGAUUUAUCCUGAUGAUUUUGAAAAGGAAUUAUGAUUCAAUGACAUUUCCUAAUGCCACUUAGAGCAAAUAUAUUCCAUUAUGGGACUGUCAGAACCCAUGUAGUACUGUACCCACCUCACUGACCCAAAACUAGAAAGGUUUUUGUGGCAAGAACCUGUAGUUGCAAAUAAAGAGAUAAUUUGCCCAUAAAAGCAAAGGCCACAUGGUUCCUCUCCUCUGCCUUCAUACCCAGAACUUUCAGUGGGUAAAUCACCCACAGGAGGAAGAUGUGGGAGAUUUAAAAGCAGCUCACCUGUGUUGCAAUUUUCAGACACCAACACCCCUCUCCUGGCUAACAAGAUCAAGCCCAGCAAACAAAGCAGAAGGAGUUUGGAGUUUUUAUUUUUGCCUUUGUUUUUUUCCAGAACAUCUCUGUUUCUUCUUUUUUAGUUAUAUUUUUGUGUGCAGGUGCAGGUACAAAUAACACUGCGCUGGAUAGACCAUGAGAAUGGCUGACAGAUGUCUUUGAAAAGGGUCCUGUUUAAAAAAGUAGUUGUUAAAAAGUGUUUAAAAUGUAGUUUGGAAAUCCCUGCUAACUGGUCCUUACAGCAAUUAAGUGUUCCCAAAUGCAGGGCUGGUUAUUAUGGUGAUAUCCAUAAUUAUUUCCAAAAGCAGAAAAAUUAUAUAAUUAUUUAAGGGAUAAUACUGUCUUAAAAUGAAUGCAGGGAUAUCAUGGUGCUACAUAAAGACAUUUUAAAAUUGCUGUCCUGCUGAAAGUAAUAUAAAUAUUAAGGAUUCCUCCUUUUUUUUUUUACCAGUGAGACUUGAAAGCUGUGCUGAUCCUGUGAAAUCGAUACAAGGCUGAAUCAAAAGGGUUCUUUGUGGUGUCAGUCUCAUAAAUUAAACUGAUCACUUGUACUGUUUAAUUAGAAUUCUGCUUAUUUGAAUGUCAUUAUUAU